UGCCUCUUCCAGUCGUGCGCGCACUAUCGAGCGGACAGCCGCGGGGAGCUGCACCUGGGCACGGACGCCUCCCACGGCGGGGACUACACCGGCGUGGAGCCCAUGGGGCUCUUCUGGAGCCUCGCCCCCGCCGCCAUGGAGCGGCCGUACCAGCGGCUCGUUCCCCGCAGCACCGACGCCCCGAUGAAGGUGGAGGUGUUGGUCCACCAGGGCCACAGCCCGCCUGGCGCUAUGCCCGGGCCAGUGGUGGCCAAGACCGAGGUGGAGAGGUGGUUCAUGGCCCCCGGCGUGCGAAGGAUCCGGCUGAAGGAAGGAGUCGUAAGGGGCUCCCUCUUUCUGCCGCCGGGGGAUGGCCCCUUUCCAGGAGUGAUUGACAUGUAUGGUGAUGAAGGAGGCUUGAUUGAACUUAGAUCCGGUCUCCUGGCUACCCGUGGUUUUGCUGCUCUUUCUUUGCCAUAUUUUGACUUUGAAGAUCUUCCUAAGGUCAUGAAAGAACUCAAACUCGAGUACUUUGAGGAGGCAGCUAGAUUCCUACAGCGUCACCCAAAAGUGAAAGGACCAGGAGUUGGAGUGAUUGGGACUGGAAAAGGGGCAGAAUUAGCACUCUCCAUGAUCACAUUCCUGCCAGAAGUCGUGGCUGCUGUCUCCAUCUCUGGCUGUAGUUCAAACACAGUUGCAGACCUCCAUUACGGUGAGAUGACUCUGCCUGGGCUGCGUUUUGAUAUGAACAAAGCCAAAGCAACAACUAUCAAAGAAGCUCUAGCCAAAUGGGAAGAAAAAAAUGGCCAGAAGGCUUCAGAGGCAAAAGAGGUAAAACUGUACGGUCAGGUUCCUCCUGUAGAGAAGAUGGAUGAAUCUCUCUCCACACUUGUUAACUGCGAGAAACUAUCACUGUCUACAAACUGCAUUGAAAGAAUCGCCAACUUGAACAACCUAAAAAAUCUGAGGAUUCUGUCUUUGGGGAGAAAUAACAUAAAGAACUUGAAUGGAUUGGAGGCAGUUGCCGAUACUUUAGAGGAGCUGUGGAUCUCAUACAACUUAAUUGAGAAACUGAGGGGUAUCCGUGUAAUGAGGAAGCUGAAGGUUCUUUAUAUGUCAAAUAAUUUGGUGAAAGACUGGGCAGAGUUUGUGAGACUGGCAGAGUUGCCAUUACUAGAGGAUCUGGUGUUUGUAGGCAAUCCACUACAAGAGAAAUAUGCCUCCUCUGAUCAGAAGAACAGUUGGAUUGAAGAAGCAACCAAACGUGUACCAAAGUUGAAAAAGCUGGAUGGUACCCUAGUUGUUAAAGAAGAAGAAGAAGAAGGAGCAGAAGGAGCAGAAGGAGGAGAAGGAGGAGAAGGAGCAAACUGAUGACACUUUUUUGUUGGGUAUUUAAUUAUUUAAGUGACUCCAGAUAGCCUGGCACAUAGAACUUUUAUAUAAAAUAUUUGAAGAAAAUCUUUGGGCCAUUUUUAAAAGACCGGCUUAUCUCCACAGUCUCUCAUCCAAAGAGUUAGUUACCAAAAAUUGGUCACACUGAUUGUGUCAAGCUUAUGACACUUUCUGUAGAGACUAGUGGAGCUGAGUUUAUCUGCUCUUUGGCUAGCAAGAGAUCUUUACCUAAACUAACAUAGAGCUAUUUUUAAUUCCUGAUUAGUGAUGUUUGUUCACUCUUGGGUUGUAAGAGAGCCAUUUUAGCUUGUUAGGUGCAGCUGGCCAACAUUUAAUUGGAAACACUGAGGCCAAAAGAACAAUGUUGUGGUUUAGAGAACCUUACAAGCUUUGUUCUGUUUAAUUUUGUCAUGGGACUCCCUCAAUAUUUUUAAUAUGCAAGUUUGCCUUUUUAUUCCCUGAACUGUUAUGCCAAACAGGCCCAGUAGUUGUGGAUACACGCCCAAAAAAGGUAUUGGUCUGAUGAUCAUUUGUUCCUGGCCUUAAGUUUUGAAAUGGGCUUCUGACAUUGGAACUCAACUGCAUUGCUUAGGAGGCCGUGUAUAACUUAUAUAUAUUUAUUUAUUAAGAGGCAAUGGGAAUUCUUUGCAUGGUUUCAGUGAGGCUAAAAUAUCUGCUAGCUUUUUUUUUCAUCUCUAACUAAAAAAUUACUUUGGAUUGGAAUAUGUGGCCUAUUAGCCUGCAGCUGGUUCCUGGGUUUGGAUUGGCUCACUGGUGGACAUAAUCCUUCUCAGCUCUGGAAUCUUCCUAUAACUAAGUAGGCUGAUACUAAUAGAGAAACAAACAGUGAACAGAAGACCUGGGCUUGAGGACAGAAAAGUUUGGCUUUGGGGAUACUCAUUUUUUAUGAAAGUACAGGUGUAAGAAAAAGCACAGGUGUAAGCAGCGAGAGAAAGUGUACGUAGUCAGUGGUGAAGGUGAGAUGAGAUGGAAAGUGGGCAUUGGGGAAAAAGGUAUUGAAGAUGUACUAAAUAUGCUAUAUUGCAAGGUAACUAGUUCUUAUAUGACUAUUUCUAGUGAAAAGUAUUAAACAAUGGUGAAGACAGGCCCAAUUGCACUGUGGGAUGCCAGUAGUGCGGUUUAAAUUCUUCUCUUGGAAGAACAGAUUGAGUCACCUGGAUAGAUUUUUCUGCAGCUCCUUUUUGGUUUUUGACCAAGCUUUUCUUCUAAUUUGUGGUACCAUCUUUGUUUAAACUCAAGUGAUGACAAGUGUACCUGCUGGUUCCAGCCCAGACAUAGAAGGGGUGGAGGCAGAACAUCACUCUUAAUUAUUUUGUUUGUGAAGGUGUGGCAGGAGUAGAAAUCUUGGAAGUCAUGGUCAGGAAAAAAAAAAGGUAGAAUUGGCCCAGGCAACAGUGGUACUGAUCUCAAGCUCCAGGUAUAAUUGUAGUAGAAGAUAUUAUCUCUCUAAUCAAUUUCUAAGUGCACUGGGAAGUAGAUGAUUACAAGACAAUCACAGUUUGUUUUCAAUAUAUUGCUACUUAAUCUGUGAUUGUUAGAGGAAUUCUAAAGCAUUCCAGUUUAAAUUGGCAAUUGCUGAUAAGGUUCGAGUUUGAUUUAGAUCUGUUACUAAAAAGAAGGUCAAGAGCACAAUAGCAAAAACUGUGAACAUUCUUCACUCAGCACAAACUAUUUCCAGGUAGCUGUUCUCUUGACCAGAAACUAGUUUUGUAGUUAACUAGUUCACUGGAUUUAGCUUACAGACAACUUCAUAUUGGUAUAUUAUUUCUUUUAGAAGUAUUCUCCUCACUUUAUCAUUAGUAAAGGCACCACUGACCAAGAAGCACCAUGGGAGAGAGUGCCUGUAGCCAACAGCCAUUUCAUACGGGUGUCUUCUGAAGCUAAGCCUCUCAGUUCACUUGGAGCCAACCACUCUUGGCAAAGUGGAUGUGCUUUGGCAGUACAGAGCCUAUGGCACGUCUGAGCCCUACUGACCCUGUUUGCUUGGGGGGGGCUGUGCCCUUGACGACUGUAAUUGAAGUGAGGGAAAGUGUGGGUACCAUGAGCCAGAGCUUGAGUGACACAAAACUUGCCUUCUGAAUGCUUCCAACAAACAGAAAUGUCAAAUUCAUCUCUGUGUUUGGAGAUAUUUUCAGAAUAGACCGUGUGGUGCUCUUGUCCUAGCGCUUGGCCACAAAGAAAAGUGGUUGAACCUCUGUACCUGGUGCCUCCUAGAACAACAUCUGCAAGUGUGGUGUGUAUGGCUGGGUUAGCUCCUCAUGAGAUGUGACAGGAGAGAAAGGGAGUGACGAACACAGGCCAAUGCCAAGAAAUCCUGCUGGUUGAUCUUUUAAUAUCUAAAUAUGGUCUAAGUCUGUACAUUUCUGAAGGUCAUGUUAGAUACAGCAAAUACUCUACACUUUGGCUAUUUUUGGACAUUCUGAGAGCAAAAUAGAAACUUAGUGUUCUGACUACAUGGUGACAAUUGAAAUGAAAUAGAGCUCCAUUGACAAGCCUUGAGGGAUAAGAGCAGUUCCUGGCUCUUUUAAGUGACCACUAGAGGCUACACCUAUGGGAAUCAGUUCAAGAACUGUUGUAGAUGGUGGUGGAGCUGGAUAUACUGUGUGGCCCACUGUCACUGGCUCCUUCCACACAUUUAAUAGCACAAAUUCUAAAGCUCUUUUUUGGGGGGCUGCACUGUAAGCACCACCAAAAAAGAAAAAAAUUAUUGAAGGAAUGGAGCAUCCAGUCUCAACACAAUUAUAACAGCAGCAUGAGAUACAAGAUUUCCCUCACCUUUCAUCCUUCAUAUAUUAGCAUAUAAUUUAAAACCUUUCUCAUAAAAACUAUGUAUCAGUCUCAAGGAGACAAUACAGUAAGAAAAGAAUAAACUGUGGCUCGUGUUUGUCUGGAGAUGCUUCAUCUUGAAGCUGGGUGAGAGCUUUAGCUUAACCUUGCUUUUCCUAGAGAGUCAUGAUUAUUCUCAAGACCAACCCCCCCCAACUUUUUCUCCUCCAAAAUAAGUUUUCCUCAAUUUUUAAAUUUGCACUUUAAAAUUAUGCACUGGAUGUGGUGGAAGACAUACAGAGGUGGUAGAAUUAGAAUAGAUGGUUUGCAUAUUGCUGGUGCUACACGAUGUCACAUAUAAGCUGACAGCAACACUCGGCCUGUGCGCCUGGAGGGCCGUCCGAGGGAGAUGCAGGAAGGCCUGGCGUUCACUGGUACACUUUGCUCUUCCCCAGCACACCACAUCCAAGGAAGUAGUAGUAAGCACAUUAUUAUUCAUGGAUGAAAAGAGUACCCAUGUAAAACAUGCAAGCCAUGUGGAAUUCUGCUUUUCCCUGUGAAUUUACGGAGGAGUAGCAUCCACUUUAUUCCUUAGAGAAAUAUCCUAAAAUUAAAUUAGUAGUAGGAAACAGCUAAGUUUUUUGCUUGCUUGUUGGCACGGUGCCCUGUCUUCAAAAGAGCUGAUAUAUGCAGUGAUUUUUGAGAACUGCUGGAAAAAUAAGAGAAGAGACCUGAGAACCAGCAGAUGACUCAGGUUACAUUAGAAGUAGGCUCAUCUAGAAAAAUCUUCAAGCAAGAGAGCACUUUUAACAUCCCCUUUGGUUAUCUUUUGUAUACAUAAUUUUGUAGCAUGAAAAGCUGUUAAAUUUGCUGUGUUUAAAUUAUUUAGGCCUAUGUUUAUAAAUGUUAUUCUGUGAAACUUGGUUUAAAAAUAAUAUAACCUUAUUUUAUACAAACGUCUUUGGUUGUUGUGUAAUGAAAUAAUUCAGCUUGUGAAGACUGUUCAGAAAUUCAAUUUUGUUCUCAUUAAGCUUUCCUAGCUGCUCAGGGAGCAAUGUAUUAAUAGUAUGAUAGCAUGUAAAUGCUGUUCCUUAUUGCCUCUCUAUUUUAGAACAGAAAAUAACUUAAGACUUUAAAAAUGCUGAUAUAUUGUGAUCGUUGUCAUCUGAUACAUAAAUAUUUUUCAAUCUUUUAA